UAAAACUUUUUACAAAGUAGCAAUAAAUUCAAAAUAAAUAAGGUCAUAUUUUAUUUUUCUUCUCAGCCCCAUCGCACGGAAGCUCCGUCGCUGCCGGAAUCAUCACCACCUUCAACUCGUUCUCCUCCUUACUCAGAAAAGUAGAGUUUGUGAUUAAGAACAAGAAAGAUGUCGUACAUGUUGCCUCACUUGCAUUCGGGGUGGGCUGUGGACCAGGCAAUCCUUGCUGAGGAAGAGCGUCUCGUUGUCAUCCGUUUUGGACACGAUUGGGAUGAGACUUGUAUGCAGAUGGAUGAGGUGCUGUCAUCGGUUGCAGAGACAAUAAAGAACUUUGCGGUGAUAUACCUUGUGGACAUCACAGAGGUGCCUGAUUUUAACACUAUGUAUGAGCUGUACGAUCCUUCGACAGUUAUGUUCUUCUUUAGGAACAAGCACAUCAUGAUAGACCUUGGAACUGGAAACAACAACAAGAUUAAUUGGGCUAUGAAGGACAAACAAGAGUUCAUUGACAUCAUUGAAACUGUCUACAGAGGUGCAAGGAAGGGACGUGGUCUUGUGAUUGCUCCCAAAGAUUACUCCACCAAAUACCGUUACUAGAAUAUCUCAAUUUCUAUUGGGAUGUUGCCUCAUUUGGGUUAUUGGGAUGUUUCCUCAAUCUAUGUUCUAUUCCUUUAUGAACUGUGCAAAUGUCACUAAACUGGUUUACACACAUGCUUGUCUGUCAUCUUAAACUCUAAUAAUUGCUAUGAUGUGUGUGUGCCUAAUAUGGAGUUGAUUCUCUCAA